AUGGAGCCCGUCGACCUCGUACCGAGCGGGUACAGGUUCCUUCCCACGGCGGAUGAACUCGUGGUUGACUACCUCGCAAACUGGAUCGCCGGCGCACCCCUCCCUAGCCGCGCUGUCGCCUUCGCCGACGUCUACGGCACCGAGCCGUGGAAUCUUCUCGGCAGCGAUCGGCAUGAAGGCUAUUUCUUUGCGGAGCGGAAGCCUAAGAACAACGGCGGCUCGCGCGUGGAUAGAAAGGCCGGCAGCGGUUCUUGGACUCUGUACAAAAAGCAAGAACCCGUGAAGUCCAUCGUCGGCGGGCGCGAGAUGGUGGUGGGGCGAAAAAGCUGCCUAUCCUUCAACGAUGGCCGUCGGAAGAACUCGGGGUGGACAAUGUACGAAUUCGAGAUGAGUUCUUCCGGAUUCGAGAGACGAGUUCUCUGUCACGUUAAGAGAAGCUCGCAUCAGGCCAUCUCCGGAGGCACCACCAUCAAAACGGUUGAGUCCACCUUCACGGAGGCCGCGACAGACACGGUCACCGGCGACAGCUUCAUUGGGCGGAAGAGAAAUAGAGAGGAAUCUUCUAUUCUCUCAGCAAAAGCAUUGACUCUCUCAAAGAAGCCAUGCUGGGGGUUGGUUGCACAUUCCAGCACAGCAUUGCAGUCCGACGUCUCACCACCUCCAACCGCGGUUGUCCAACAUCCACCCCCGGAGAGUCAUCUUUCCUCGGUCGUCUCCGUUGCACCGAACGAAGCCGGAGUCCCAGCCACCUCUCGAUCAUCAACGGAUGUUGGUGGAGGUGAGCUCGUGAUAAGUGCGGAAGAACUCGAAGCAUUCUUGGCUUCGUCUUCAUGGGAAUGCCUGCGGAAGUUCAUCAAGGCAGAAUCAGCAAAUGCGAACGCGAGGCAUUCAACACUAAAUAUACUUGGUAGUUCAAGAGAGUGA